CCUAAAGUGCGUGUGAGUGAGUGAGAGAGAGAGAGAGAAUGGAAGCGCUAAAAGUGUGGAAUCUAACGUUGCAUCCAUUCAAGCACUUGUUUCACUCCUCUAACGCAUUUCGUCAAACAACUCGAAGGCUUGUUCUCCGUUCCUGCUCUUCUUCAACCACCACCUCCGCCGCAUCCGCCAGUCGCAACCGGCGGAGCUCUUCGUCGUCCUCGACGACUUCAACUUCAGAUAGGGAGGCCAUUCGAGCCAUUCGCUUGAAGAAGGUUGAAGAGUUGAGAAGCAAGGGGCUAGAUCCAUAUGCUUAUGGUUGGGACAAAACUCACAGUGCUAAUCAGCUGCAAGAUAUAUAUAGAAAUUUAGGAAAUGGCGAGGAAAGAAGUAGUGAGAAUGAUCACGUAUCUGUCGCGGGAAGAAUUGUUGCUAGGAGGGCAUUUGGAAAGCUUGCCUUUUUGACACUAAGAGAUGAUUCUGGGACAAUCCAGCUCUAUUGUGACAAGGAGAGACUCAUAGGUGAUCAGUUUGAGCAGUUGAAGGCGCAUGUUGAUAUUGGUGAUAUACUAGGUGCAAGAGGAAUAGUAAAACGCACAGAAAAAGGAGAACUUUCUGUGUGUGUGCUAUCUUUGGCAAUCCUCACAAAAUCUCUGCUUCCACUGCCCGACAAAUAUCAUGGUCUAACUGAUAUAGAUAAACGUUAUCGCCAGAGGUAUGUAGAUAUGAUUGCAAAUCCAGAGGUAGCAGAUGUAUUCCGUAAAAGAGCAAAGGUUGUAUCCCAGAUACGGAGGACAAUGGAUUCUUUAGGUUUUGUUGAAGUAGAAACUCCAGUUUUGCAGGGAGCAGCUGGGGGAGCAGAAGCCAGACCAUUUAUUACAUACCAUAAUUCUCUUGGAAGGGACUUAUAUCUGAGAAUUGCAACUGAACUGCAUCUAAAGAGAAUGCUGGUGGGUGGGUUUGAAAAAGUAUACGAGAUUGGUCGAAUAUUUAGAAAUGAAGGAAUUUCAACUCGUCAUAAUCCUGAAUUCACAACUAUAGAGAUGUAUGAAGCAUACUCGGACUACCAAAGUAUGAUGAAUAUGGCAGAGGAGAUCGUUAUUCAAUGUGCUCUUGCAGUCCAUGGGAAGCUUACCAUUGAUUAUCAGGGAGUCGAGAUAUGUCUGGAGAGACCUUGGAGGAGGGAGACCAUGCACAACCUUGUUAAAGAAACUGCAGGGAUUGAUUUCAAUGAAUUGGGAAAUGAUCUUGAGGUUGCAAAGCAAGUUACUCUGGGUACCCUUGGAAAUAAUAUUGAUAACAAGGAUAAAGCUUCCAUUGAAGCAUGCCAAUCUGUUGGCCACCUCCUUAAUGAGGUUUUUGAGAUUGUUGUAGAACCACAGCUCAUCCAACCUACAUUUGUUUUAGACUAUCCAAUUGAGAUAUCUCCACUGGCUAAACCCCACCGAAGAUCCACAGGUUUGACUGAGAGAUUUGAACUUUUCAUUUGUGGUCGUGAGCUAGGCAAUGCAUUCUCUGAAUUGACUGAUCCUAUAGAUCAGAGAGGACGCUUAGAGGAUCAAAUUAGACAGCAUGAAAAGAAGAAAGCAGAAGCUGUUUCAACAAAUGGUGAUAAAAAGGAAGCAACGGAAAAUGAGGAUGACAUGUAUGAAGUGACUCUUGAUGAUGACUUUUUAACAGCUUUGGAAUACGGAAUGCCUCCAGCUUCUGGAAUGGGACUUGGAAUUGACAGGCUCGUGAUGCUUCUGACAAAUUCUCUUAGUAUUCGUGAUGUAAUCGCCUUCCCAGUGCUCAAGGUUCAGCAAUAGUGAUACAUUUGCAGAUUAGCAGUUAAUCUAAUCGUGCUCUCCAUCAUUCAUCAUUCACUAUGUAGCCUUCAUUACAUUUUGAUUCUUUGUGUACCACCUAGAACCUGAGAAGAUUAAUACAGAGCAAUAUGAAUGCAAA